AUGACUGUAACUUUGUUAGGUGACGAAGAGCGCUUCGGAACUAACCAAGGCGUCGCUGAGGCCUUCGAUACGGCUACUGGAGAGACUGUGAUCGUCAAGGCGCUCUUUAUCCAAAAUAAAGAAGGUUGGACAAACACGAAGCGAGAAGCUGAAACGCUUCGACAACUCGAUCACGCGAAUGUGGUCAAAUUCGUCGACUUUCUCGAUCGACAUACGCCAGAAUGGGCUUAUGGAUCCAUGUGCUUCAUCAUUAUGGAGCACUGCGCCGGCGGAAGCCUUGCCGAUUGGAUCGAGAAGAUGAAGGCAGCGGGAAGACGAACUACUCUUGACGAGGCAAGGGUCAUUGCGGCUCAGCUCAUCUCCGCGCUGAGCUACUGCCAUGGAAGAAACAAGGUCCAUCUGGACCUCAAACCCGCCAAUAUAUUCGUCCUCGGCGAUUUCAUUACGGUGAAGAUCGGGGACUUCGGAAGCGCCCAGUCUGUCCGAUCAAUUCAGCAAACAAUGACGACUACGACUGGAGAAGGAAUCAAGUCCACGCCACUUUAUGCUGCCCCUGAAAUCAACAGCCCAGACAAGACGGCAAAGAAACAUCCAAGACUGGAUAUUUGGGGAUUCGCACUGAUUUUGCAGGAACUGCUGACUCUUGAGCAUCCCUUUGCUCGAAAAGAAGGAAGACCGGCCUUGUUUUUCGAAAUAAUAACGAAUAUUCAAACUGGCAAACGAACACCUCUCUUUGAAAUCCUUGGCGAAACGGACGAGAUUGAAGAGUUCGAAACUCUCAUCGAAAAAUGCACGAAAGUUGAGAGCUCAAGACGGCCGAGAAACGCGAUUGAGCUGCGAAAUGAAGGCGUCUUCGUUGAUUUUCUGCAGCGAAUGAUUGGGAGAUUUUUGAUUUGA